CAUUAAUGGCCACUCUGCGUCUUCCUGUUGGCGCUAUUACACGUUUUGACCGGUGAACGUUGAGUUGGUCUCAGUGCAUUCUCCAACGGUCUCUUCUAGGUUCUUGUGAAGAAUGGGUAAAGCAUCGGGACAGAAUAUGGCAAGCCAAAUUACCAAACAAUCAUUACAUGGGAUAAAAAAUGGUUCUGUGAAAAAAGAUAAGAAACCUAAAUUUAAAAACACACCUGCAGGCAAAGUGGCCUUGAUGGACAAUAUGAAAGGACAGAAUAAGAAUAUAGCUCCACAGAAAAAGUUCCAGAAAAAUACAGGUGUAAAGAAUAAUCAGGAUUCACCUAAAGAAAAAUUGAAACAGUUGGAAGAAAAAGAAAAUUCUCCAAAAGGGAAGCAAAAUUCUCCCAAAGAGAAACAAAAUUCUUCCAAGGGGAAACAAAAUAUUUCAAAGGAAAAGCAAGCUACGAGUAAGUCACAAAAGAAUCAAGGCAAUAAAAAAAAUAAUUUCACACCAAAAAAAGAGUUAGAAGUCAACUCUGAGUCUGAUUCUGACAUUAAUGAGGGAAUUGUACCACAAGAAGAAAUCAAUAUGAUGGAUGAAGUAUCUGAAGAUGAAGAAGGAUCUGAUAUUGAUGUUCCAGAUAUCUUUGGAGCAAGUUUAGCAGAGGAUUCAGAUGUAGAUGAUGAAGAUUUUGAAGAUGAAAAAGAAGAGCAAGAGGAAAAAGAUGAAGAAAGCGAAGAAGAAGAUGAUGAUGAUGAUGAUGAUAGUGAUAGUGAUAUAGAUGAUGAGGAGGAAACAGUUGAACACAAAGGUGUACAAAUGUUUAAAGGCAUAAAAUCAAAUGCCAAAGAUCAGAAUUUGGAAGUAAGUAAGGAUAAGGUUGAUGAUGAUGAUGAUGAUGACGACGACGACGAGGAAGAUGAAGAUGAUGAUGACGAGGAUGUAGAUAUGGAUAAAAUGGAUACUUCUGUGUUAAAAAAUGAUGAAGAUGAUGAGGAUGAAGAUGAAGAUGAUGAUGAGGAUGAAGACGAGGAUGAUGAGGAAGAAGAUGAGAAAGGAGCACUUGGCUUAAAAGUACUUCUAGGGAAAAGUAUGACAGAUGACGACGAUGAUGAAGAUUUUAAUGAAGAAGAUGAGGAUGAUGAAGAUGAUGAUAUUAGUGACGAAGAAGAGGAUGAAGAAGAUGAUAGUGCUGUAAAAGGUGUACACGUAAAAGCUGGAAAAGAGAAAGCAGUUAAAACUUCUAACAGUAAAGAUGCCUCUAAGAAGGAUAAACAAAUAGAGAAUAAACAAUUAUCUCCUGAAGAACAAGAAGAGAUUGAUAAAAGAACUAUUUUCGUGGACAAUAUUCCAAAAGAAACAAAAGAAGGAGCUCUGAAGAAAGUAUUUGGUCAAUAUGGACCUAUUAAUAAUAUACGUUUUAGAAAUACCUUGCCGAGGAAAUUCAAAAUGUCCAAGAAAGUUGCUGCUAUAACACAAGAUACUCAUCCAAAAGCAAUUAGUGUUGUAGCGUUCAUUAAUUAUAAAUCUCAAGAAUCUGCAAAAAAAGCACUUUGUAUGAAUGCAAAGAAAUUCGAAGGAAAUUAUAUAAAUGUGAAAAUUGUCGCUAAAUCAGAACAAGAGAAAUACGAUAAGAAAAAAGCCAUAUUUAUAGGAAAUUUGAAAUUUGGUAUCAACAUCAACUUUGUCUGGGAAUACUUUGGUAAAUGCGGGGAAAUAAAAUCUGUGCGCUUAAUACGCGAUCCCGUAACGGGGCAAACAAAAGGAUUUGGUUACAUUAAUUUUAAAUCUGAAGAUGCUGUAGCGUUGGCUCUAAAAUUAGAUGGUACUGAAAUUAAUAAUCGACCAGUAAGAGUACAGCCAUGUAAGGAUAGCUUGGAGAAAUCGCAAAGCCCAAGAAAUCAGGGAAAAAGAGAGAAACGAUUCAUAUCGAAUAAAAGCCACGAUAAUAGGCCAUCAAAAAAAUUUAAAAAGAACUCACAAGAAGCUGUAGUACGUCCAAUCGAAGAUGAAAGGAAAGUUAAGCAAAAAAAGCCACAAAGAGAUAAUGAGAGUCCCGAGGGAAAAGUCUCCAAGUCUUUUCAGGGUCAGAAAGCCGACGUGAAAAACAAGAAGAAGGGAAGCAAAUUCGACAAGAAGAAGAAAGAGAUGGCAGGCAAGCUCAUGGCUAAACUGAAAAAAGAAAAAGCUUGAGUUAAUAACGUAUCUUAAUUGAAUUAAUAAUUAGUACUAUGAUACAUUUUACUUAUAAUGAAUUAAUAAUUAGUACUAUGAUACAUUUUACUUGAUAAUUUCUUGCUCGUUAGAAAGUUAUACUAUAAGACAUUAAAACUUGAAAUCGUACUUUAUUUCAUGUUUAUUUAAGAUAACGAAUACAUUGAUACGCGGUUAUAAAGAAUAUGAUAUUCAAUUUCCGACAGGAGAUGGUCUAUUUCCGUCAAGUAUGAACUGUUGCACUUAAUGCAUAUAAGCGAAUUCUAAUAAGUUCACCUUUUUAUUGUUGAUAUAUAGUACGUAAUAUGUACUGCUGAUGCAGUGUAAUAAAUUACAACAAUAUCGCCAUAUUCAA